AUGAAGUACCUCCUGCUGCUCGGGCGGCUGCCCGGCGAGGGUCUCUGGGCCACGGCGGAGAGCUACAGCGGGCUUGUGGCGGAGGUUACAGAGGCGUUCGGAGACGACUACAACCCAAUCUUCAAGUACCAGCUUCCAUGCAACCCAAAAACGAUCGGCCUCCCGAAUGGCACGUGCCACAUCAUCAUUGACGACGAGGACGAUUUUCAAAUAUGGAAGAAUGGCUGCGUCCCCGUGGCGCACCAUCGCGAUCCGCUGGACGACAUUUACCACCCGCCCACGCCACUCACCACAAAGUUGUAUUUGUUUAGAAAAGAUGUAAAUGCCUUCUCGGCGUCCGCAGUGAGGGGGUCCGGCGGAACGAGCCGCCAGGUGGCAGUGGGGAGUCAUCUUGAGCGACCUAGCCCUGAAGUACUGCACGCGGAGCACGAUGCGGUGAAGGUGCCGCUCUACUCAUUGCUUUCGCCACUCCUUCUAGUGAAGCUCGGCGUGCGUGUGGCACUUCGUCACAGCAACGCGGCAGAAGCCAUUUUGCUCAGUAGACGCUCCGUGGCUGGGGCGGGCGAGGGCCACUGGGGGUGGAUGGUGCGCAAGGCCCAGUCUGCGUGGGGCGUGCUUCGCCCCUCCUUCCGCUACUUGGACCUUGACCACGGCGUCACGGCAAUAAACAUAUUUAACGUGCGGGACUACACGUUUUGGAGCCGCAGCGUGGGCCGCGAGAGGGUGGAGCUGGUUGUGCUGGAACACGUGUAUCGCGACGCGGCCCACGCCUCCUGCCCCUCAAGCCUGCUGGCGGCGGGGGGCGCUCCCCGCACAAUCGCCGCCCCUCGGGAGGACGGCGGUCGCAAGGACGGGCGUGGCUACACCGUGGCCGUGGAGGCGACCGUCCGCGGGGUACAUUGCGGGUUGUACGGCCCCCCGUUCACCACCGAUGCACGGAUUCCGCUUAAGCCUUCCGCCUCCGGCGCCGAGGCGGAGGCAGAGAGUUCACUAGAGCAUCACCAAAACCUCGUUGCCGCCCUCGUUCGUAGUGGGAUUUUCUGA